AUGUUUAAGGACUAUCCCAACCGAAUUUCCAAGGGUGAAGAGAAACAUAAGACAGAAGUAGAGUUGUGUGAAAUGGCGGACCUCGUUGUUGGAGUUGGACCCAAGUUGAGUGAGGCCUUCCGUUCGUAUUUUCGUGGGCGCCAAAAAAAUAAGUGAGUAGUGGACUUAAUAUAUUGAAGAAUUUGUCAACGUGUGUCAGGUUAUGGAAGAAAGAAAACAACGCAGUGUCUUGGUGUUUGGUCGAGGGGACGCAGAAGAUUUCAAAUUAAAGGGGUUUGACAUUGUUGGGAAAGCUGUUGCUACAAGAUACCCGUCUUGUGUUUGUUGGCGCCCCAGAUGGAAAACACGAAGAAGUAGCGAAACGGUUCACCGAAUGUGGUGUUCCUGCAAGUCGUUUGAGAGUAAGGGGAUUCGCUGA